AUGAAUAGAAACAUCUGGAGCGUGCUUCUAAUAAUUGUAGUUAUAAAUUUUUUACUGAUCACGGGUAGAACGACGGACCAAAGGAACAACGGCAAAAAUGGACCAGCGAACAACGAAAAAAAAGAACACAGCUGUUGUUCGAAAAAAGACUCAACUGAGAACCUCGAGGGAAAAAAGAAGGAUGACGAUAUUUCAGGGGAUGGCGAGACUUUAGAGGAUAACAACAUUUCAAAGGAUGAUAGGAACUCAAAGAAUAAUGGAGAGUGCACACCUUCCUUACACGUAGAAUGUGCUCACAACUGCAGCAAAAAAAAACUGGCCUUUAUUUAUGAUUGCUGGGACAAUUUCAAAUUGUAUAGAAACAUAAUUGAACAGUACAUGAGGGGCCAGGGGGAAAAUAACUUCCAACUGCAAGGAACUGGCGAUGAAAAUAGCGACCACGAUGGCGCUGGAAGUAUCAACGGCCAUAACAUGGCCAUGCCGAUGCCCAUGUCAUUUCAGCUUUCAACGCAUACGAUUAUUUUGUUUAAAUUCUGGGAAACCAAAACGGAAGCGUCCUACUACAUAUCUCUUGUCAUAUGCCUACUUUUCGGCGUACUCUCAGUUCUACUGAAGGUGGUCCGACUGCAAGUGGAACAAACCCUGCCUAAAACCAAAGACACCAACAUAAUGAGGAGUGGAAUUCUUUUUAAAAACAAUUUAACCAGAUCUGCGCUAUCAUUCAUCAUUUAUUCAUGGGACUACUUAUUAAUGCUAAUUGUUAUGACUUUCAAUGUGGGCUUAUUCGUCGCUGUGGUGGUGGGCCUAUCGAUUGGUUUCUUUUUAUUUGGACAUAAGUUUGUCACGUGUGGGAGUAAUUCCACGGACGGGUUGGAUGUCCACAAGGAAUUUCAUGGGGACCCCGCCUGUUGCGGGUGUUGA